ACUUACCUCGUGUUCUGGUUGCAAACAAAGAAAAAGUGCAUUUUAACUAUUAUUAAAUUACAUUUAAUUUAAUUUUAACAUUAAUAAGUGAGCGCGCGUGUGAACUCGCGUCGUGCAGCAAGUUACGUGCACCUCUAUAUGCGUCUCAUGGUCGCGUAAACGUCUGUGUGCGUGCGUGUGUGUAUUGGCAUUGUGUGGCUGUGGCAUUGGCGCUCCGCUGCUGCUGCUGCUGCGCCUCAGUUUCCAUUCAUAUUCUAUUAACUAAUAAACAAAUAACCUUCGGGGCCGACCCGCGCCAGUGCGAGUAAGCCAAAACUAAAAAUCAAAUUGCAGCAUUGACAAGGAAGUGCGUCUCCUUUCCGUCGCCGUUUCCGUGGGCUGUUUCCGUAUUGCUUAGGCAGCAGCAGAAGCAGCAACAAAUUCAAUUGCAAACGUAAAACAACAAAAAAAGAAAAAGAAAAAAGGCAAAGCCAAAGUGUUUGCCUGUGUUUGCGCUUGUGUGUGUGUGCGUGUGCGUGUGCGUGCGUGCGUUUGUGUGUGACGACAAACACAACGACAAAUGGCGGACGUAAAUGAUACAAGUGAACUCUUCGAUCUCGAGCUGCACGAAGAUGACAAAGCGCGAGACUCGGAUGACGACAGGAUCGAGCUGGAUGAUGUCGAUCUGGAACCGGAAUUGAGCAUAAACCUACACCAAGACAAUGAGGGCCAGGAAACCAUACAGCUCUCCGAGGAGAAUGUCAAUCCAGGCAAAAUCAAGUUGGGGCCAACGGAUUUUGAGCUUAAGAAAGUGCUUGGCAAAGGUGGCUACGGCAAAGUAUUUCAGGUGCGCAAAACCGCUGGACGUGAUGCCAACAAAUAUUUUGCGAUGAAGGUGCUCAAAAAGGCGUCCAUAGUGACCAAUCAAAAGGACACGGCGCACACGCGCGCCGAGCGAAAUAUACUCGAAGCAGUCAAGCAUCCGUUUAUUGUGGAAUUGGUGUAUGCCUUUCAAACAGACGGUAAAUUGUAUCUGAUACUCGAGUAUCUAAGUGGCGGUGAGCUGUUUAUGCAUUUGGAGCGAGAGGGCAUCUUUCUGGAGGAUACCACAUGCUUUUAUUUAAGUGAAAUCAUAUUGGCUUUAGGCCAUUUACACAAACUGGGCAUCAUUUAUCGCGAUCUGAAGCCAGAGAACAUACUGCUGGACGCACAGGGACAUGUUAAGCUAACGGAUUUUGGUCUGUGCAAGGAGCACAUACAAGAGGGUAUUGUCACCCACACCUUCUGCGGCACAAUUGAGUACAUGGCUCCAGAAAUCUUAACUAGAAGUGGCCAUGGCAAAGCCGUCGACUGGUGGUCCCUGGGCGCACUCAUGUUUGAUAUGCUCACGGGCGUGCCACCCUUCACCGCCGAGAAUCGCAAGAAAACCAUUGAGACCAUACUUAAAGCCAAGCUUAAUCUGCCAGCCUACCUCACACCCGAAGCCAGAGAUCUGGUGCGGCGCCUAAUGAAGCGGCAGGAGCCACAGCGUCUGGGCAGCGGACCCGAGGAUGCGGCGGCGGUUCAGUCACAUCCAUUCUUCAAACAUGUCAACUGGAAUGAUGUGGUAGCCCGACGCCUCGAGCCGCCCAUUAAGCCGCUGCUGCGAAGUGAGGAUGAUGUCUCCCAGUUUGAUACGAGAUUCACAAGACAAAUUCCCGUGGAUUCACCGGAUGAUACAACGCUCAGCGAAAGUGCCAAUUCAAUUUUUCAAGGUUUCACCUACGUAGCGCCAUCGAUACUGGAGGAUAUGCAUCGGGCCAAUCGGAUGCCGGCGCGCUCGCCACGACGCACACUGCGACAGCAUCAGCUGCCGGAUAACAGCUUUCGGCUACAGUUCCCGUCCGCGAAUGCGAAUGUGGGCGCCAAUGUGCCCAUGGCCAUGCAGCGGUCAACGUUGUUUGCCCGUGCCACGCCCCCACAUCAACAGCACCAGCAUCCGCAUCCGCAUCAUAUGCAAACAUUUGCGCCGCGCCCAUCGCCAGCGCAGGACGAGAUGAUGGAUGUGCAGCAGGGACUGCCCAUGGUCUAAGGUUACUAUUGGAUGUGGUGCCAAGGAGUCAACGAAGGCUAAGCGAAUGGAGUGAAAAUUGUUUUUGUUAAAGGAGAGUGACAGAGAGGGAGUGGCGAGAGAGAGAGAGGGAGAGAAAGGAGAAAUCGCGUGCUACGAUGAACGUUUUGUUUGGAUAUACAUAAAUACUAAAGUUAGAGACAUACGCAAAUACUAUACUAUAACAUAACAUAUGCUAUUGCUAUAGCCAACUAUAUAGAAUAACUAUAUACAUACAUAACAUAUAUAUAUAUGCAUAACAACAUAUAUAUGUCUGUAGAUUGUGAGACACUGAGAGUAGCUAGCUGGAGCGAGUUCCGGAUCGUGUAUAAAUAUUUAUCAAUUACUGAUUAUGUUUUAUACUUAUAUAGGUAAAAGGUUUACACAAUUUAGUUCAAAUGUACACUUUAAACUUUUUUGAUUUUUUAUAUAUACACAUAUACUACUAUAUACAUGCUAUACACGCAAAGAAACAAUAUAAUAAUAUAUAUGUUAGAUACAAACACAUACUUAACCAACAACAUCAACAACAACAACAAUAACAACUAUUAUUAUUAAUUAUGUUGAUUGCUUGAGUUCUAUUAUUUGUGUUAAUUCUAUUCUUAAAUGCACACAGAGAGCCACAACAAAUAUGAUUAUGAAACAAUUAUGAAAACAAUUUCUGUUUAGAUUCGAGCUUUAAAUUCUUGUCUAGCCAUUUAGUAAUUUUGAUGAACCUUUGUGUACAGUGACCACCUAGUAUAUAGGACGAAAAAGAAAGGAAAGAAACAAAACAAAACCAAGAAAACACCAUACAACAAUUAAAACAAUAAUAUA